UCUCAACUGUUUUAACGGGAAAUUGGAGAUACUUUUGUUUUUUUUUCAAAUAAAUGAUUUUAUUUUGAGAUGACACAUGAGGUGUCUUUUUUAAAAUAAAUAUUUUUUUUUAAAAAAAAAUCAAAUUUCUCAACCCAACCGCCCAAAAAUCUUCUAUAAAUAGGAAAUACCACCAGAAAUGAUGUAUCUGUCAACACACCAAAAAAAAAAUUGUGAAAAUCCUAAGUUGCUGUAGAAGAAGAAGAAUCUGGAGAAAGCCAUGGACAAAUUGAGAGAAGGAAUUGUGAAAAUGUCCAACAGUGAACCUAAUGCGCCAUUAUCAGAGACCCAGAAUUCGAUUCUUCAACAGCACCUUGAUCGUUAUAUGUCUGAUCUUCAGACUACCCCCGAUCAUCCUCCUUACGCUUGGAUGAUUGAAAAGGCGUUGCAAGAAUUGGACGAAGAAGGGGGUUCUAAUGAAGACUCGAUAUCUGAGUUUAUCAUGAAAAAUAAUGACAGUUUGCCAAGGGCUCAUACGACAAUGUUGAAACAUCAUCUGGAGAAGAUGUGUGAAAGGGGGGAAAUUGUUAUGAUUGAUGGAGGACGGUUUUUGCUUCCUGGUGACAGCGAAAACUCAAAUCCAACGAGAAAAGGAAAGAGCAAGAAAAGGGGGAGUUCGUCAAAUACACAAAAGAAGCAGCAGCAAAAGGAAAAAGAGGAGGAUCCUCGACAUGUGGUGCAUUUGGAGCAACCAAAAAAACAGGGUCGUGGGAGGCCUACUAAGAACAAGGAAGACGGGGCCAAAAAAGGUGAUGGCACAACUUCAGCAUUGGCAACAAAGGAACCAGACGAUCAGCAUGAGAGGGCUCUCAAGGGCAAGGAAGACGGGGCUGAUCCAGAUGCUGUACUUGUGAAGGACUCGAGAUUGUCUAGAAGAAGCAAAACGAUCAAGGACUAGGAAGGCGUUAGAAGGAACAGUAAAGUAGCAAUCCCAGAAGUUUAAGUGUUAGCGGAUAUAUUUUAGUUGUUUGUAUUUCUCUAUAUACAAUAUUGUAAUUCGAACUAAUAGUGUUAGUUAUUAGAAAGAAGCUAUAGUAUUAUUUAUUGUAGUUUUCUUUUCUGAAAGUUAUGCUCUAAGUGCUGUGAAUAUUUAUAAAAUGUUGUAGUCUGAACCA